AAAAGAGAGAGGAGGAAGAAAGCAAAGAAAGCUCCAACAUUUAACUUCAUAUACAAAACAAUACAAUACACUUCUUUUUCUUCAUCUCCUCUUCCUUUCAGUUGUCCAUCUCCUCUCUCUCCCCCCUCACAUUUCACCUUCCUUCGUCUUUUUCCACAGCCAUUUAUUAGAGAUUCCUCUAUAUGAACUUUUCUUCUCUUGUUCAUUGGGCUGUACCGAUUCCCAGUUGAUAAUACCCAUAAAAAAAUCUCCUUUUUUGCAUAUUUGCUUCUUCUUCUUGCUGGGUGUUUUCCCCCUUUAUUUGGGUACCAUUUCAAUGUUUGCUCCUUUGUAUUUUCUGGGUUAAAGUUAUAUUCAGCUUCAACCACUCCUCCCUGGGGGGAAAAAAAACUCUUCUGGGUUCUGCUUUAAAGAAGAAGAAAAACCGUCUUUUUGCCCACUGCUGCCUUAUAGACUUCCCCAACACAGCCCAGCAAAUCUUAUUGUUUUGCAGAAUUCUGAGGAAGUUUUGAUAAUUUGGGGUUUUCUGUGAAUUGGUUUUUUGUUUGAAUUACUACCUUCGAGAAGAAAGAGAAGGAAGGAGUAGGAAGUGAGGUAGAGAUAGACUCAUGGGGAAGGAAGGGCCCUGCUAUCACUGUGGAGUUACAAGCACACCUCUCUGGCGCAAUGGACCCCCUGAAAAGCCGGUGUUGUGCAAUGCUUGUGGGUCUAGAUGGAGGACGAAGGGAACUCUGGCAAACUAUACACCUCUUCACUCCCGGGCAGAUCCCGAUGAAUAUGAGGAUCAGAGAGUUGCCAGGCUGAAGAACAUAUCUCUUAAUAGAAACAAAGAAAUAAAACUUGUCAAACGAAAGCCAAACCUUGAUGCUGGGGUGGUUGGAGGAAUGGCAUCUGAUUACGUGCAGAGUAGCCGGAAGGUUAUGGAUGAAGAUUUUAGUAAUAGAUCGAGUUCAGGAUCAGCCAUAUCUAACUCUGAGAGUUGUGCUCAUUUUGGUAGCAUGGAUGCAAGUGAAUUGACAGGUCCAUCUCAAACAGUUGUCUGGGACUCAAUGGUACCUUCUAGAAAAAGAACAUGCGUGAAUCGUCCAAAACAAUCUCCAGUUGAGAAGCUUACAAAAGAUCUCUACACCAUCUUGCAUGAACAGCAGUCUUCUUGCUUUUCUGGUACUUCUGAAGAUGACUUGCUUUUCGAGAGUGAAACGCCAAUGGUUUCUGUUGAGAUAGGGCAUGGAAGUGUCCUCAUCCGGCAUCCUAGUGCAAUAGCUCGAGAUGAAGAGUCUGAGGCUAGCUCACUUUCGAUAGAGAACAAGUUCUACCCGGCAAAUGAAGCUUAUUCCCAUUCCGUGAAUUUUAGUAAUGCAUAUAAUGGAAACACCAAGUGCAUCAAGACUCUUGAUCCUGUGAUUGAGAAACCUCAGUACUUUCCUGGACAAGGAAUGCCGCAGCAAGAACAGCUUAAUAGGGACAAGUCUCAGAAUGAGAAAGUGCAAAUUCUUGGGCAUCAUAACUCACCCCUGUGUAAUAUUGAUCUGAAUUGUGUCCUUAACUUCAAGGAGUUUUCAGAACACUUGACGAGCGAAGAGCAGCAGCAGUUGCUCAAAUUUCUGCCUGCACUUGAUACUGGCAAACUUCCGGACAGCAUCAGAAGCAUGUUCGAUAGCCCUCAGUUCAAGGAGAACCUGUCUUCCUAUCAACAACUUCUAACAGAAGGGGUCUUUGAUCUGUCCUUGUCAGGGGUAAAGACCGAAGAUUGUAAAACUCUCAAGAGACUCACUUUAUGCAACCCUUCAAAGUCAAAGUGGGUGGAGCAUUAUCAUCUACUCAAGAAAUGCAAAAACAACCGUGGAAAGUGUCCUCCUACUGUAAAGGGACUGAAUGUGGCGUCAAACUUUUCUACUACGGGCAAAAGACCACGUGAGAGCUCGAAAUUCCCAGGACGAUUGAACGGAAUCAAAUUGUAUCGCUAGCUGGAAUGUAAAUUCCAUGAUUGAUGGAGGUGAAGAUGAUGAGCCCGAGAAGGAGUUCAACAAAGACGGGUUAUGAGAACAAUAGUAGGGAAAUCAUGGACAACGAUGCAUCAUGCUUCAGCCCGAAGAGUCUAUUCGCGUUGCCUCCUGAAGGAGGUGGUUCCUUCGUGCUGGACUCCCUACAUUUCGUCGAUGAGAGCUCUGAUCAAGACCUGCUGCUGGAUGUGCCGUCGAAUGGUUCAUUCCCUCAGGCAGAGCUGCUUCAUCCAGCUAUGAGUUUUGGCGGGCAGCAGGCGAGCACUAGUAGUAGCUCAGUAUACCCACAUCAUCGACUUCAGAAUCAUCCCUGAUAAAAAUAAAAACAAAAACAAACACCAGGGCUUUUAUAUAGAAGAUAAAUCUAUAUGCGCAGAACUUUUUUGCCAAGCAAACAAAUGAAACAAGUACUGGAAUGAGGUCUGGUGAUGGUUACUUGCUCUUCACUCAACCCUUUUCCCCACUCUCUCUUCUGUGUUUUGGCCUCUUGAUUUCUAAUAGAACUCAAUCAAGGGGAAACUUUGGGGGAAAUGGGGUUUCUCUUUUGAGUUUUGUAUAGGUUGAGAAGAUAUAUUGUAAAAUAUAGAUGGGUAAGAGGAAAAGAUGCAACCUUUCUUGGAGGUGGCGAGUUUUCAAAUGAGUGCCUAUGUAUGUAGCUUUUAGUUGCAGAAGACAACCAAAGAGAAAAAGAACUCGGAAGAAUGGCAAAGCUAAACAUCUUUUUCUAGCCCUUUUUUUGUCCGUUUCAUUUCCCAGAUAAUGAAAUUACGAUGACCGAUGAUUCAAGAUGCAGA